AUGUCUUCACCAAAUCAACAUUUCAAUGAUACUAACGGUUACGAGAGUCCUAUGUCUCACAACAAUGAUUACUCAAAUUGGAAUGAAGACUUGGUGACCUCGGAAAUAUUUUCUUCUUCCUCUUCUGCAAUUUCGUCUCCUAUCAUGACAAAUAAUGAAUGCUUUGCUCCUUUAACUUCCAAAAUACUUUCUUCAGCCUCCUCCACCUUAAAACCAAUUCAACCAACAUUUACUAAAAACAUUAUUCCGGACACAAAACUCACAUCAAACUCUUCCAAUAAUUUAACUUCUGCCAGUCAAAUUUCAUUUUCAUCAUCAUCAGUAGUUGAAGAAGCUAAAAAGAAAACUACUGGCGGUCGAAAGAGAAAAGCUGAAAGUAUAGAAGAAAAAGAACAAAGACAACGUGAAAGAAUACUUCGAAAUCGACAUGCAGCACAAAUGUCAAGGGAUAAAAAAAGAAAACAAAUGACUGAUUUAGAGUCACAGAAUACAGUUCUUAAAGAAGAAAAUGUACAUUUAUCAAAAAGAUUAAAAAUUGUAGAAGAGGAAAAUUCAAUUUUAUCAGCUAAAUUAGAUACGAUUUUAGGGCAGCUUGCUGAAAUUCAAUCGCAACUUUCCGUUUCCGAGAUGAACAAAGUCCUACUUGACGAAGUCCCUGCAGCGGCACGUCAAGUUCAGGAACCUUUACGGGACAUCAUCACAAAUCCAUUUGCCAUACAACCAACAACAACAGAAUUGUCAGAUCCUAUUAUUUCAACUAAUACUGAAACAAGCCUUGUUGACCUUUUCGAUAGCUUUUUGGACUAUGAUUGGGGAUCAGAAGAAUUUUCUUCGACAGUUCAUCAACAACAACAAUCUUCAAAUGGUAUUUGCUAA